AUGAAUAUAAUGGAUUAUGAGCAAUUUGAUUUCUCAUUUAUCCCUCCUUACAUAAAUCAGCUACAUGAGUGUAGCUUAGAAAAUGCAUCUACAUUCCAAACAGAAGAUCUCUUAUCUCCAAAUACAAUCCUAGAUGAAAUAUUAUUUGAUCAAGAUCAAUUAGAAGAUCUCUUAUCUCCAAAUACCAUCCUAGACGAAUUUUUCGUUCAGGAUGAGUCCAUGGAAGCAUUGCUGCAGCAACAAACAGACCAUGAAUUCGAUACCAUAAACCACGACCAGACAAUGCCUCUAGGGAAUGAAUCGUGUCAUCAAGUUACCGAGAAAGGCCGCAAAAAUGAUGAUUCUUAUUGGAAGGUUGUUCAAGAAGAGUUAAUGGAAGAGACAAGUCUAGUUGAUCUCUUGCUGAUAGGAGCUGAAGCUGUUGAAUCACAGAACAUGACUCUUGCUUCUGACAUAAUCGAAAAACUAAACAAUGCCUCGUCUUUAGAAAAAGGCGAUAAUUUAUUGAAUAGGCUGUGUCCUUUCUUUACUCGAGGUUUGUAUUAUAAAACUACAAAUGCUGCUGAAUUCCACUGUGAUCAUGUUUCUACACAGACAAGCACAUUCUGUGUGUUUCAGAUACUUCAAGAACUCUCUCCCUAUGUAAAAUUUGCUCAUUUCACAGCAAACCAAGCAAUUUUAGAAGCUACGGACGGUGCUGAGCAAGUUCAUGUCAUUGAUUUUGAUAUCAUGGAGGGAAUCCAAUGGCCAUCAUUGAUGGUUGACUUUGCAAUGAGAAAGAACACUACUUCCCUUAGAGUAACAGCAAUCACAGUAGAUCAGCAAAGUGCAGCCUCAGUUCAACAAACAGGAAGAAGGCUUAAAGAGUUCGCGGAUUCAAUCAAUUUUCCAUUCAUGUUCGAUACGAUGAUGAUGGUGAGUGAAGAAGAUUUUCAAGGAAUUGAACUUGGUGGCACACUUAUUGUCAAUUGUAUGAUACAUCAGUGGAUGCCAAACAGAAGUUUCUCACUGGUCAAAACUUUUCUUAAUGGUGUAAGAAAAUUAUCGCCUCGGCUUUUUGUUUUAGUAGAAGAAGAACUGUUUAAUUUUUCAAGACUCAAAUCUAUGUCUUUUGUGGAGUUUUACUGUGAAGCUUUACAUCACUAUAUUGCAGUUUCUGAUUCACUUGUUAGUACUCUUUGGAGUAGUCAUAAGAUGGAGUUAAAUCUUAUAGAGAAAGAGGUAUUGGGAAAUAGAAUUUUAGACAGUGUAAGACAGUUUCCUUGUGAAAGAGGGGAGAGAAUAUUGUGGGAAGAAAGGUUUUUUUAUUCAUUGAAAGGGUAUAAACGUGUUGGUAUGAGUACAUGUAAUAUUUCACAGGCAAAGUUAUUGGUUAGCUUGUUUGGUAAAGGGUAUUGGGUUCAAUUUGAGAAUUGUAGAUUGGCUUUGUGUUGGAAGUCAAGACCUUUGACUUCUGUUUCAAUCUGGGUACCAACAUAUUAUAUUAUGAGUGACAGGGUCAAAUAGACUAAAUCAUAGUUUUUAGUUUUUGUAUGUUUGUCAAACUUGUUUUUCAUUUUUUAAAUUAGUGAGAUGAUUUUUAUGGGUUAUGGAUGUAUAAUUGGUGUAUUGUGGUUGUAGAAAGGAUUCAAGUGUGGGUGGUUAAUCCACAGAUUUUUCAUUCAUUCUGAUGAAUGGGAUUUUUCAAUGUAUCUGUACAUAUUUUUAAGCUGAGGCUCUGUAUAUUAAUGUUGCAUGCUCUUUUUAUAGCUCAAUAUCAGCAAUAUAUUCCUUUAAACAUGUCAAUAUAUCUAUCAUUUACGUAUCACAAAAACACUCGUUCAAUUAUUUUAGACGAGGAGUUAUGAUUCGACAUGAGAAAAAAUAU